GUCUGUCGCAACUCCAUAGAAAAAAUUCAAUGUAUGAAACGGGGCUAAAUUUUAAUGGCGACUAUAUUUGUCUCGCUUACUUCCUGUGUCGUCUCUCUCUCACUGUCACUGUCAUCCAUCUUGUACUAGGUACUAUUGUAUUCUCUUUGCUGUCAUCGAACUGUUGUUAUCAGCGGUACCGGUUAUUAAAGCGAAGUGAAUGCAAUUACCAUUUCUUGGUCUCUAAAGGUGUCUAAAACCAUUAUUUCUUUGGUGUUUGUGGAAGUUUGUGGUGCCAGGACGAUAUAUUACGAAGUAUGGCGUACAGGAAAUGUGAAAUUUGUGGAUUGAGGUCGGAGCGCAAAGAUGGCAAAAAACGCUUCUUUAUGGCCAGAUUUCCACUAGAUGAAUUGCGAUGUAAAGAAUGGGUGAAAAUGGCAGGAAACGAGGAUCUAGUUUAUGUGCCCAUUGAAAAACUCCAUGAAUUAAAAUUUAUCUGUGGAAAGCAUUUUAAAGAUAAUGAUUUUAAUAAAAAAAGGACACAGCUCAAAAAAUCUGCUAUUCCGUCAAUAAAUCUUUCUUCUAUGCCACUUUCGGACGCCAUUCUGUCAGCAUUUCCUUAUUACCUCUUCAAAGAACAGCAAUCUUUACAAGAAGAUGAACCCUCAACAUCUUCUGUUUCUGCACAAGUAGAAAUUAGUACAUUUGAAACAAAUACAUACCACAAGCAAAGCCAAGACGAACCCUCAACAUCUACAUCUACUGCACAAGUACAAGCUACUACAGUUGAUAAUCAAAUUGUUUAUGAAGAUGAUGUUCCACCAGUGGAAUAUACCGUAAACAUUAUGACAAGUGAACAAGACAUUUGUAUGAAAGAUGAACCUUCAACAUCUACUUCUACUGCACAAGUACAAGCUACUACAGUUGAUAAUCAAAUUGUUUAUGAAGAUGAUGUUCCACCAGUGGAAUAUACCGUAAACAUUAUGACAAGUGAACAAGACAUUUGUAUGAAAGAUGAACCCUCAACAUCUUCUGUCCGAAAAAGGCGCAAAAGGACAAAUAAAAUGAGUAAUGAAAAUCUGUCUCCACGAAAGAAGAAACUUAUGAAGAGGGUUGAACUUUUGAAAUCAAAAAUUAGAAAAGUUCAAGAAAAGUAA